AUAUACUUAAAAUCUUUGAGAUACAGCACUCCUGGUAUAUUUUCAAAUUUGACAUAUUUGAAAAUAUCGGCAACAUUUUUCGGUAUAUUUUUUUUACUCAUGCGAUGUUUACAAUCACACCUUCAUAAAUACGAUGCUCAACAAGUGCGCCAAAUUAUGAAAAUUAUACGAGUGCUUCCCAGUUAUAUUUAGAUGUUGCUUAUGUUCCGCGGACAUGUGUUAGGGGAUGCACAGACUCCUACGUGUUGUCUUUUUCCUAAUAUACGAGUCGGCACAGUUUUAUGUGCCAUUCGGCGGCCACAUUCAUGUAUGAAUAUGUACAGUAAAUAACUGCUUAUUUCAAACUGCGCCAACCCACAAUUUUAAAUGAUUAAAUCGGCCAAGCAAAAAUUGUACAGUUAAAAAAUAACAUUUUAUGUUAUUUGCACACAAAUAAUCACAAUUACGACCAGAUGACUCUAAUGAAUUGUGUUGAUAGUUUUUACACCCUUAUUGCAAAAGUAUUGUCAACAUAAUGUAAACAAAGGUAAACGCCAUUAAACCUUAAACGUUUUUGCUAAAUUAAUGGGUUAUAUUGAUUGGUUCGUCGAGUAACUGAACAUAUAAAAGGACUUCAAUUUCCCAGGAGUUGGUAUUCAUAAAGUUUGGACUCUCGAAAUUAUAGUUCAAAAUAAUAAUGUGGCAAAUAAUAAUAAUCGCUUGCUUAGUCAACGCCCAACUGGAGGUGCCAGAUCAAAUUAUUAAGCGGCUCAAGACCGAGUUGGAUUACGAAUCUAUGCUUGUGGUUCACAACAAUUUUGCAUCAUGUGUGAUUGAUCUUCAAAGGGACGAUACAAUGCCCAUUAUCAACUUUAAUGAGAAGCAGAACUUUUCCAUUAAGACAACAUUUAAUAGACGAUUUCUUGUCUUGGUUUGUCUGAGUACUCACAGUAUCACAGCUCUGAAUGUGCUCUCUAAAAAUCUCGAUGGAAUGCGUGACACAGCGAUCGUAUUGGUAUUAGCUCCGGAAGUUAAACUAAGUCUAAGCAAUGCUUUUCAAAAUUGCUUAUGGAACAAAAUGCUCAAUGUCAUUGCAAUUCGCAGUUGGAAGCAGGAUCAUCACGUUUAUAGCUACCGCGCAUUCCCCCAAUUCAAGGUUAUCAAGCGACACAUUUCUCAAGUGGAGCGUUUCUAUGUGCCUCAAAUGAGGAACAUGGGCGGUCAUCCCAUUAUAAGUGUACCGGAUAACAUCUUGCCACGUUCUGUCUACUACAGGGACGCGAUGGAAAAACCUCAUGUCGUUGGAUACCUUGCAUCGUUUUUGUAUAACUUUGCUAAAACCUUGAAUGCUACUGUGAAAAUCUGCUGGGAUCAUGUGCCACUCGAUAUGCCCGAGGAGAUGAUUAGUCAGGGUGUAAUCGAAUUAACCGAUGAAGGAAUGGUGGACAUUCCCCUAUGCAUUAUAAAUACUGCAAGUACAGUCGGCGAGACUAGUCUGAUCAGCAGUUAUGUGAUGGAGACAUCCACUUGGCAACUAAUAGUGCCACUUGAAGCCGAGUGUGAAGGUGAAUACUUGAUUUUUACUGCUGCAAGCAAAGGGCAAUUGUGUCUUUCAGUUCUGAUCAUGAUACUAUUUGCGUUGUUGCUCCACAACUUCGGACGCCUGGAACUAGGAGAGUCUGCAAAUUUGCGAUGUGUAUAUCAAUUAAUUGAUCCAGUUUUAAGGGCCGUGACUAAUCAGACCUUUGUACUACCAAGGCAGCCAUCGAGGAUGUUAAGGGGCGUUUAUUGUAUGUUGCUCUUAUUCAGCUUCUUAUCCUACAACAUUUACAUUGCUCAGCUAGAGAUGAUUUUGGUACAUCCACCCAGAGAUAAACCACUAAAGAGCUAUCAGGACUUACGCCACGUCGGUUUAAAGAUUCUCUUGUCCCCGGACGACAGACAUUUGAUGCACCAUAUCUUAGGAAGCCGCCAUAUGAAUGAAUUUUGGGAUAUCUAUGAAGUUGUGAAUAGAUCGACUUUCCAGAGUAUGCGUCGGCAACCAAACAUUUCCUACGCCUAUCCCAUAACUCACACCUUAUGGCCUCUAAUCCAGCGUAAAUUCGCUAAACAACCAUAUCCGUUGUUUCGACUCUCAAAGGAAUUCACUUUUAUUUCAUUUUUGCUCUUUGGUCUGCCUUUGUCCAGGAACUCUAUCUACGAAGAGCCUCUCAAUCGGUACAUCCUAAACACACACUGCAGUGGUCUCUACAAUCAUUGGUUCCACCGAUGCUUUGACAAAUUGGUUGAGAUUGGCAAAAUGGAAGUGCUGCCGUAUAUCAGCAUUGAGGAAACUUUCCAUAUAUUACGCUGGGAACAUUUCAAAUAUAUUUGGGUAUUGUACUUCAUUCAUAUUAGUUUCGCAACAAUUGUAUUUGUUUUUGAAAUCGGAUUGACCAAUUGGAUGAAUCGAUAUAUUUAUUAUAUUCCAAUAAUAUGGUGAGUAAUCCGAUUCACGAGCAUUCUUGUUGUUUUGGCAUUUCAUUUGAUAUGAUUUAAUGCUCCGCAAAUGGGGGAGAUAUUUUUAGAAGUAACGCAUCUCGCUGGCAACAUCUCGCUUGAUAAGCUUCUCUAUUGACCGCUGAGCGACCCUCAGGCGAUGUUACAAUCAUGAUGCAUCGUUGUCAUAACCAAAACAGUCUCAAUCAGCAGGUGUAAGUGAAAUUGCUUACACGUUAGAUUGAUGAUUAAUAGAACCCUCUGGUAGUCGAGCCUCUCUAUACCAAUCCCAAUGCCAUUCCCAAUCGAUCGAUCAAUUUAUCAGCUCAAGGUGCAAUCGAAGGUGCAAGCGGAGGUGCAAUCGGCGGUGAUGCUAGAGGUGCAG